UUGUGGUGUGGUGGUGUCAUGGUGGUGUGGUUGAUCAUAGACUAGAAUAUUAUUGGUUGAUGAGCCAAUAUGAAAUCAAAACAAACUUAACAAACAAUGAGAAACCUAUACAAAGCUCAACGAGCCUACCUCAUCACCUCCAUCAAACCCACGCUCACCAGGAGAUGGAAGCCCUUGCUCCUCCUCGCGCUGACAGCGACCGCACUGGCCGUGCAUCGGCUCCUCGACAGACACAGCCACCUCGACGCGCUGGAGCAGCAGCUGCUGGCGGACGAGUCUCGCGUGGACCACCAGCUCAUAGGCGGCCUGGUGCGCAAGCGCUUCACCAGCAGUCUGAUGAAGCGCGACGUGGCGAGGAGUUUGAUCCACCAGAGCGAAAUGAGUGACGUCAUUCCGUUUAAUAGGACUUUUACAGACGUGCGCCACCCGGCCUGCCUGCCGCUCCGGUACGACGCGAGCCUGCCCUCCGCCUCCGUGGUGGUGAUCUUCCACAACGAGCAGCGGUCCACGCUGCUGCGCACGGUGUGGAACGCGCUGGGGGCCUGCCGCCGCGACCAGCCCUGGUUUGGGCUGGUGCGGCCGGGGAGCGGGGAGUUGGGCUACCCAGGCCAAGACCCGUCAGACCCGUACCUGUACGUGAAGGAGGUCCUGCUGGUGGACGACAACUCCACGCUGGCGGAGCUGGGCGCGCCGCUGCAGCGCUACGUCGACACGCGCCUGCCGCGCCGGGUCAGGCUCAUCCGGCUACCAGAGCGCAUGGGCCUGGCGACAGCGCGCUCUGUAGGCGCAGCACAGGCCACGGGCUCGGUCCUGGUGUUUCUGGACGCGCACUGCGAGGGGCAGCACGACUGGCUGCGGCCGCUGCUGCAGCUCGUGAAGGAUGAUAGAACAGCGGUCGCCGUGCCCAAGAUAGACACACUGGACUGGGACUUGAACUACUCUAUUGGGGAUGGUGAUCAGCUUGGUGGUUUCGACUUUGAAGGCAACUUUAUAUGGUUUCUGCCUGUUGGAAACAUGCGCCGUGAAAACAGAGAUGAAAUGCCAAAAGGGUAUUGA